AUGCUGAGGGUCGGGCUGUUGACUUUGAGGUCUGGCUCGAUGACCUGCAGCUUUUCCUAUAGUGCUUCAGAGCAGACGGUCUCUCCCUCUUUGACCUCACUUCUGGUGCCUCUCCUUCCCCUGCUGCUGAUGCUGACGCCACUGUUCGCUCACAUUGCACGCUACUCUUCCCCUGCCACUGCUGCGCUCAGCCGCCUCAUCCUACCGUACCUCUUCCCUGACCUCGCCGCUUUUCCCACUGUCGCUGACCUCAUUACGCACCUUCGCACUAGUGACACUCGCUACCGCGCUGCGCUUCCUGCUGAGUUCUGCGCCAAGAACCCCCCCCCCAUGUACAUCACCCUCUACUACAUAGUCACCCGGCUCCCUGACACCCUUCGCUCGGUCAGGGACCACUUCCUCUCUGUUUGCCCCACCACUCUCAUCGUUACCCUCCUCGAGGAGCGUCUCCUAGCAGCAGAGAAGAGCAUAGUUGCUGUAGGAGCCUCUCGUGGUGACCCUCGUACCCCUGUCUUUGAGGGGUGCUCCCCCUCCCCCCUCUUGCCCUCUGUUGCCUCUGCUGCUGCGGUCGACCUUGUUGGUCUUGAGUCGGUCGCUGCGGCGUCUACCUUUAGUGGGAGACGCCGCCCAGGCAAGGGCAAGGGGGGCAAGGGCGCUGGGGGAGCUGGCGGAGGCGGUGGAGGCGGCAGUGGAGGAGGCGGAGGGAGUGGGGGUGGCGGUGGGAGUGGUGGUGGGAGUGGUGGUGGGAGUGGGGGCACUAGUGGAGGCAGUGGCGGCGGAGGAGGAGGCGGUGGUGGAGGUAGCGGCGGCGGAGGUGGAGCGGGUCGGGGCGGCCCCAGGCAGAGGGUCGGCUCCGGUGGUGGUACGCGCCAGCAGCAGCAGCAGCAGCGUCCUCGUGAGACCCCUUCCCCCCAGCAGCUUCGUGAGUGGUACACUGCUCGUCAGCGGGGCGGGGGUGCUGGCCCCUGUACCUACGUUCUCCGUACCGGCGACCGCACGGGUGAGCAGUGUGGGGGGGCGCACUCCACCCAGCGCUGUUUCGGCCGUCUGACGGACGCGUGGCGUCACCAGUUUCCCGACGCUACUGAGAUCCCUCGCUGGGGCGAGCUGUCUAGGGCGGGUGUUGCGAUCUUUGAUCUUGAUUAUGAUGCUAUUCUUGCUGCCAUGUAUGCUGUGACUAUUAGUGAUGAGGGUGACUGUUACCGGUGUUUUCCGCCUGACCCGGGCAUUGAGGCUGCUGCGCUAGGCACUGCGUCGUGUACGGACACCCACACCUUCACACUCGACUCGGGUGCUUCCCGCUCCUUCUUUCGAGACUGCACCACUCUCACGCCGCUCAGUCGGCCGGUUGCGGUCUCCCUGGCAGACCCCUCUGGGGGUCCUGUUCUUGCCCACUACUCCACUGUACUACCGUGUCCAGCGGUCCCGUCUGGCUCCCUGUCGGGUCUUUACCUCCCCUCGUUCUCUACGAACUUGGUGGCGGGUGCUGACCUACAGGAUGGGGGGGUUGACCAGUUCACCCCUGCGCGUCAGCGAGUGACCCACUGCACGUGUGCAGACACGGGCCGACACUUGGCCACGUUUACCCGUCGGCCGGGGUCGAGCCUGUACACACUGACUACUGAGUCUCCUCCAGUCACUGAGUCUGCUCAGGUAGCAGCGUCGGGUCAGGUGUUUGCUGCGGCUUCUAGGUCUGGUCCUGAGUCUGCCCCCUGCUCGUGUCGUCUCCUGUCCCACCGGACUCUCCUCUGGCACCACCGCCUUGGUCACCCCUCCCUGCCUCGCCUUCGGGCCAUGGCUUCCCGUCUUCUUGUCUCUGGCCUCCCCCGGUCCCUCCCUCCCCUUCCUCCGGGGCCUGCCCCCACCUGCGUUCCCUGCGUCGAGGGGCGGCAGCGCGCUGCCCCUCACUCCUCCGAGUUUCCUCCGACAGAGGCUCCGCUGCAGACGCUUCACAUGGACGUGUGGGGCCCAGCCCGCGUCCGUGGGCAGGGUCACGAGCGUUACUUCCUGCUGGUGGUUGACGACUACUCGCGUUACACCACAGUCUUCCCCUUGCGCAGCAAGGGUGACGUCACUGAGAGGCGGAGAGUCUUCCUCUGA